AUGGGAAUGUUCGUGGGCACAGGGCUGCGCAACAACGACAUCUUCGUCAUGACGGCAAGAGGAAUUGUCAAAGGAAAUGCAAUCACUCGAAGACCUCCUGAAGAUCAGUUCAAGUACGAGAAUUGGAGUGAACUCCGUGGUGUUCCUUGGAGACUCCAAUCGCGUGAGGCUGGCGAGGUUCGAGUUGACUUGCCACUGGUUGUCGGGCCUUUGAGCCGACCACCAGCUGAAGAAGUGAUUCCACGGAAUCUCUAUGUGACGAAGAGUGACAUCGAGAAGUACGGUCGGACCCCGUUGUGUCCGGGAUCUGAGGCGCAGUUGUUUGAGACAGGGCGUAGGGCCCACAAUGCCGAGUGCAGGUUUAGAAUCGAAGGCGAGCUCAUGAAGUCCGAAGAAGGGAAGAAAAGGAUUGAAGCAGCAAAGGCAAGAAUAGAGUCAGGGCGAGGGGCAGAUGAGCCAGAGGUUGUGGAGGCUGCCAACGUUCCUGCGUUGGUAGGCAUUCCAGAGCCUGACGCCGAAAUGGCCUCGGGAGAAGCUGUUGGAGAACCAUUGGAACGAGUCGCACCCCGCGAGCUUGAGGAACGAGAAGAUGAGCCGAGAAGCCCAAAGAAGCACAAGUCCGGCACCAGUCGGAUAAAGAGAAGUUCAGAAGCAGAUGUUGAGGAGUUGCAUCAACAGAUGCAGGAAGAAGUUCCAGCAGUAGGAACCAAGUCCCCGCGUCAGUUAGGUCAAAGAGACUUCAAGAAGGAUUACACGGCGUGUCUGGCUUUUUUGCCGGAAGGAGUGUGGUCUCGUGUGAUGAAGGCAUCGACGGAUCGUCAGCGUGCCGAAGAGUUGGCACAUUUUUGUUAUACGAUGUUGGGUCUGAGGUAUCCGAAUGAGCCAACGUAUGCAACAUGGACCUCUCUUUUGGCCAGUUUUGAUCCUGAGUGUUCCAGCUUUGAUUUGCGCAGCAAAUAUGAGACAGUGAAAAAUGUCUGGCAGAAUGCAAAGACAAGAUUGGCGCGGACGCAUGUGACACCUGCACUGAUGCUGCCUAAGUUGCCGUUGUCAUUUGAUGAGUUGACGGCAGAUAUGCAGGCAGCAUAUGGGGAGGCCAGGCCACUUGCGCAGUGGCCAGUAUCGACCCAAGAGGUGGAAAGGCAAUUCUUGCGAGUUCCCAUGCGGAGCUUGCAUGCGAGCUUACAGGAAGAGAAGAAGGAUGUAGUCCACAAGCUGGCGGAUGCAAUAAUCAAGAGGAUCGAUGGGGGAGGGCGUCGUCGAUCGGAUGAAACCUCGAACAUGUUGCCUGGUUUGAAUUUUUUUUCCCCAGGUAAAAGGAAUGGCAGCUCUGAUGUGGCUGGGUCUGAGAAGCGCUGUCAGAUGGCAGCGCUGAGCAAUGGGCAGGGCGCGGGCAGUACGAGAGGAGAACCUGCGCGGUUCUUGAGUCUGACAGAUGGGCCUAGGGCGCUGCGGGCGUCUGCUGAGGCUGAAGUAAGCGAACAUGCGCCGGCGACAACGCCGUCGGCGCCGGUAUCGGCGAGCAAAGUUGCGAUUCCAAAUUUGCAGCUCGUGCCUGCCCAAGGUUCAUCUCCCGAUCUCUUGCGCAGAGGCCUCAAUGGGACAGAUGCAACGAAGAGAGCCCGCGUGGAUGCUGGAAUUAUUGCUUCGCCUACGCGGCAGCAGAAUUCUUCCGUGGAUGGGGAGCCGGAGCAGGACGUAGCUGGCAAUGCUUCGGUGCCUGCGCGGCAUGCGACCAGCAAGACAGCUACAGGAUCCUAUGAGGCUUUGGCAGAAGAGUUUUUGGAGGCACGGAAGAUGGAGCAGAAGCCCAAGACUGCUGCGAGCAGUUCUUGGAAGGCGAGCAAGAAGAAGCCGGCUGCGUCUGCCGUGCUGAAGCUGAAGCGACCUGCGGGGUGCCUCAAGAGACCAGCUGCUGCAAAAGGUCUAAAGGAUGCUUCGGUGCCUGCGGAGGUGACUGCUUUCCAAAAUACCACCUUCGACGCUCGGAAGUAUGGCAAGUGCAAAGUUGAGUAUUAUUCUCAGAAGAGCUACAUUCGGAACUUCCAAGAGAAGUGGGUCAUGAUUGUGGGAAGCACGCAUCGAAGGCACAAGUAUGUCUGCAAUAUGCUGGUGCCGCAUGUGAAGAAAGGAGCAUCCCGAGAGGAACUCCUUCGCAUUCGUGAACGCAUCCUUCAGUUUGGAAGCAUGGGACGCCGCUACGAGUUGCCGACGAUCGCCGAAGAGGAGGAGGUAAAGUCCAGCAGCUAUGAGUCGGUGACAGAGGAAGAGGGCGCUCCAGAAGCCAACCCCACGCGGGAGGCUCUAGAAGGCCACCGCAUGCCGGAGGCUGCAGCGGGCGAUCGUCGAGAGCCGCCGGUGACUCCAGCUCGUGCUCCGGCUUCACGCAAGAGGGCUGCGGGCCCGGAGGAGGAGGAGGGGUCGUCGGACUCACGUGGACCACGUCAUCGUUCCCGCGGACGUUCGCCGUCCAGGGCAAGGGCAGGGCAGCGAACUCCUUCGCCGCCUCCGCGCGCCAGGUCACCUGUGGGGUUGCCCGGGGCUUAUCCCAAGAGUCGUCCGAUGGUCCCUGAGCCGCCUCAGCCGCCACACAAAGGUCGCGGGAAGGGGUUCAAGCCGCAGAAGCCCAGGUGCCGCUUCUGCUGGAAGGAGGUGACCGCUCAUGAAAGUGGACAGAGCCAGCAUGAGUAUUGGUCCACGUAUUGCCUGUCGUGGCAAUUCAAGAGGGCAGGGUAUCCUCACAACGAGUGCGACCAAUUGGCAGAGGAUCUGAAGCAACGCAGGCUGGAGCGCUUCGAACGAUUGGGGCCGGAUCCAGAUGCCCACGUGGCAUUCCCAGAGCAGCCGGGAGGCACUGCAGCACCAGCGCUGGCAACGCGCCCGGCGCUGCCGGCGUCGUCCUACAAAGACAGCCGUGUGCCGGCGUCUGCGGAAGAGAGAAAGGAGAAGAAAGAGAAGAAGAAGAAGCAGAAGGAGGCGCCCAAGGAGCCGCACACGGACAGCCGCAAAGAGAAGAAAAGAGAGAAGUCGAGCAAGGCUGCUGCGCACGACGCGGCGCCGGAAAAGAAGGCAAAGAAAAAGAAGAAUAAGGGAAACAAGAUCCGUGUGAUCGCGGUGUCGCCUUCUCCUGAGACGAUGCGUCGCCGCAAGCGGGAGCCGCGCAGCUCCAGCGAGUCUGACAGCUCGGAGGAGAAUUUGAGAUUGGUCAGCUGUGGCGGCGGUAAGUACCGUCUCAUUCGAGGAGCGCCUGCCCAAGCGGCAGCGGAGGCACCGAGCGUGCCAGAGGGACUGUGUUGCAAGCUGUGCGCUCGCACCCUGCCAGCGUCUUCGCCGGGAAGAAUGCGAAAUAAGACGUGGACUUGCCGCCAUUGUUUGUCACUCGAGUUGCUGCUCUAUCGACAUCUGGGGUCGUCGGAAAAGCAGGGCUGGUCAGUCGACUCUCGCACCGACUUCUAUCGACGUGCCACGGCCGUAGAAGUGGCCGGCUGCAGGUGGUCCACAGUGAAAACAAUGAUUGUGGAGUCUCAAGCCACGCGCUUGGUGAAGGAGCAGGAGAACCGUGUGACCGCGAAGUCUCUUCCCCUCUCGGUCUGGAUCAAGAAAGGUUAUGAUGAAGAAGCGGUGAGGAAGUAUCCAGCGGAGGAGGAUGAAAAUUUGGGCACCCUGUACGCAGUACCUGUGAAGUCGGUAACAAUGAAGGAAGCACGGCAGCUCAUCGAAGAAGAAUUGCAGAGAAAGGAGAAGGAAGUGCUGCAGAAGAAUGCGAAGAAAGUCAAACGUCAAGACGAUGACGUCGAUGGACGCGAAGAGGAGGAGUGGGAUGUGGUUCCACACAGACCCGCUGCGAGCGGAGGGCAGCCGAAAGGUAAGAAGGCCAAGACUGAUGGCAACACGGCUGCCGCCACUGAGAAAGCCUCAAAGAGUGCGGCGAGAGCGGCCGUGCAAGCUAAUAAGGCAAAUGAGCAGCUGACCAUGCUGGCUUCCAAGGCUACGGGCCUCCUGAGCAGGGUGCUAAAGGCGACGCAGACUUUGCUGCAGCAAGCUGAGAAGGCGAAGCUGGAAGGCAAGCAGGAGGUGGUAGACUUGAAAAUUUCCUGGGAGCGUGGCACGGCGUGGAACAAGGCUUGCGUGUCCGCCUUGCCAUUGGCAACUGCCGCGCGGGGCACCGGCGCCCGCUUGGAUGCGUUGCCUUUUACCAACAAAGACUUGCAGGACUACGCUAAGGCAACAGCUGUUUUGCAGAAACAGAUCCGUGAAGAUCUGAAGAGCUUGAAGCCGGCCAAGGCUACUGCGAGCAAGCAGAACGCUGUGCUGAAAAUUUGGAAUAUUGCCAAUCAAUUGAGAAGUGACAGACCCGAUGCCUGUAAGUCGACUUUGAAGGCUGCCGCUCGCGAACGUCUGCGUGACGCGCGGGCCUGCUAUGAAGCGUGGCGGGUGCCAGGCAGUGACGAAACCAUCUGGAUGCCGCGUGCACCGGAAAUGCUGCAAUUUAUGGUGGACGAGUCGCCUGCGUGGCGUGCUGCCGUGUCAGAUGCGUUGGACGUCAACGACGGGGUUUUACGUCCAAUCAUCUAUCAUGAUGACAUCACGUGUGGAAACAUUUUGGCAGUCAUUAAAAAGAAAAAGGUGACUGCGGUGUAUCUCACUGUACGUGAAAUGUUCCCUCAUGUGAGCCUAGAAGCUGCGUGGCUUCCCUUGUUGGUAAUGCAACGGGUCCAACAGGAGGAAGUGCCUGGAGGUUUGUCUGCAGUGAUGGCAGAAUUGGUGCGUCGUCUCAGGCGGGCUGGAAGAGGCUUUGCGUUGGAAAUAGAUGGACGAGUUAGGCACUGUAGCUUCACGGUGCCAUUUCUCUUUGUGAGUGACAUGGAUGCUCAAAGAGCAACUUGGUCGAUCAAAGGCUCCGCAGGUUUGAAACCAUGCAUGUUCUGCGCCAACGUCAUAGCAAAGUACGCCCUGCGCGGGCAGCAUGAGUCAUUUGAAACGAUCGCUUCUGCAGCUUGUGACAGGUUCAAGGCAAUUUCGGAUGCUGACUUUCAAGCAGCGGUUCGUCACAUCGCAGCACAGCCAACAAAAGCGUCCAGGGAACAAUGGGAAAGAGCAUAUGGCUUGACAUGGGAUCCCCAUAGCCUUUUGGCAGACGCAGAUGCAUUGUCGUGCUUGCCCCCCAGCGGCGCAUGCAACGACGUCUUGCAUGCGUACUUCUCCAACGGUGUGGCGUCUGUAGAACUCUGGCAGCUUGUCAAUACACUGGGUCCGCUAGGAAUUUCUCUGGGCAACCUGCGUGGUUUUGCAUUGCAGAAACAAUGGCUGCGAUAUGGGAAGAAUGUGUUGCCGUCGCAGACGUGCAUCAAACAUAUUUUGUCAGACAAGAUGUUUGAUAAUGAACGAUCCUUCAAAGGAGAUGGCACGGCGACGGAACCUCUCGUCUUCCUGCUUUGGUAUGUACUGUGUGAGCACGUGGAGCCAACUCCUGCUCUGAGUUCUGCAAUGAGAAGUUUUGAGAGUCUCCAUGCGUGCGUGCGUGAGCUGCGCUUCCUCCGCAAAUAUCCCGGAGCUCUCAGCUCAGAAGAACAAGUAGCACGCCUACGUGGCCUUCAAAGUUUGCAUCAACACGACUUCAACGAAGCCUACGGGGCAGAGAACAGUAUCCCAAAGCAUCAUCACCGAUUUCAUAUUCCUGACGGAGCUUUGAAACUUGGAUUCCUUCCGCACUGUGAAACACAUGAAUCCAAACAUCGCUGCCUCAAAAGUGGUGGAAUCGUCGAUAACCAAAGAGGCAAACUUAACGAGCACGCCAACUUCCAGUAUGAGGUGGUGACACGGAUGUUGAAAAUCACUCGCUCUGAAUCCGUUGAAUUUGGCUUGACACGUUGGGAAUUAUUAACACCGACGAAGCCGGCGUGCCAAGCCAUGCGGGCAGAGUUUCAAGAUGAGACGCUUCUGAGCGGCAAACGUAUGCAAUUAAGGCCAAACAUGCGCUGA